AUCUAAUAUCAUUAAUUACAGGAUGAUCAUUUGUAGAAAUGGAUGUAAUUCUUCUAACAGUAGAGUUUGGUAGUCACAGGAUCCGUUCCUCCAGAGUUCUCUAUUCGGUUAUCGUUAAGUGUGUCUCUUCAAGCAAUCAAAUAAAGAAGGUUGAAGUUUGUCACUGUGUUGACGAGUUUACUAAACUCAAAGAUCAUAUUGAACACCAUUCAAAGUUUCCCGACCUUGGAAUUACAUUUAAACCUUUCCUCCAGACAUCAUUCUGGCAAUCUGAAAAAGAUCCUAAAGUCAUAAGCCAGCGGUCAAAAGAAUUUUCAGAAUUUCUCACACAGAUUCAGAAAAGUAUCUUCUUACUUACAAUCUCUUCUGUUAAAUUCUUUUGUCAGGGACUCAUUCUUGACUACAAUAGUGGAAGCAAGAAAAAGCGCAGAGUAACAAUAGCGUGUUGCCAGCGGUCGAAGUCAAAGUGUUUUGAGUUUGAUUGUGCUGUUGACAAUCAGUUCCGAUACAGGGAGCCUGAGUCCUUUGUGGCAGUCAGCAGUUCGGAUUUGCAUCCUUUUUACAAGGAGUACAAUCAGGUAAAACACCAACUAAAAGUUGCUGGAGGAAAGUACAGUCGUGAAGAUAUUCGCAAGAAGUUUGAGGUUCCUGAGUUACUAGUACUCUCUGACGAGGACCUCACCUUGCUCCUGGAGAGAAACAACUCGUUUGAACGUUUCCCUUCCUCCGAGUGCACAGGUUCCACUCUUAAGUACACCUCACUCUCCUCUUCAGAAACUUCCUAA